CAAGAUGGAGCUCCGUCCACUCCGUGUGAUGAUCUUGCUUAUUUCACUUAUCCGAGUCGGACAAGCUCAAGAGUUUAAACCAGUUCUGUCUGUGGAGCCGAAUUCACCACAAAUAUUCAGAGGAGCGACGGUUACACUCACAUGUAGGAUUUGGGGAUGGAGUGGACUGUACCUCUGGAACAAAGAUGAUCAUUAUAGUCACAGUUCUGCUGAAAAUUUCUACACUAUGAAAGUAGAUCAGAGUCACAAAUACAGAUGUUAUGGGUCUAUUGAUAAACGGCAAACGACACUGAGUAAUGAAGUGACUCUCUCAGUGAUAGAGGCCGUUCUGACUCUGCAGCCUGAUGGACAGAUAUUCAGUGGACAGGAAGUCACUUUCACAUGUGAAAUACGAGGACAUGCAGACACUGAGUGGAUGUACAACUGGUAUGAAGAUGGUGUUAAAAUAUCCGUCUACACUAAGAGUAGGCAAUAUUCAUUCACGCCUGUAGAGUCUCUCAGCACUAAAUACACCUGCAGCGGACAGAGAAGAAGCGACUCUCAGACCUCAGAGACCAGCAACACUGUUACACUCACUGUGUCAGAAAAACCUAAACCUGAACUCACAUCAAGUCGUGAAGGAGCUGUACUGAAAGGAAACUCAGUGACUCUGUACUGUACACUGAAGCUGCAGUCUGCUGGAUGGAAGUUUUACUGGAUCAAACCCACACAGAGCACUGAGACUGAGACUGAAGCUGAAACAGACUACUACACUAAAACAUACAGUGCAGUUAGUGUCUCUGAUGAAGGUCAGUACAGGUGCAGAGCUGGAAGAGGAAACCCAGUCUACUACACACACUACAGUGAUGCACUCUGGGUAAAUGUUACUGAUGUAAAAGCUCCACUGUCGGUACUGAAGCUCCUCAGCAGUGCAGUAGCGGCCUCUCCGUAUGUGCUGGUGACCAUCAUUCUGGCAGUGAAAUGUUACAGAGCUCGAACUGACCCUGACGAGGACAACAGACCGUACAGAGUGAUAGAAGCUGAAGCGUCUGUCUGAGUCUCAGGUUUUCACAUUAUUUUUCAUCAUCUAGCUUUUAAAUAACAGCAGCUCCCCGUGCAAAUGAAAACGCUGCAUUCAGCCUAUGGAGCUGUGAGGUGAUGAACGAAGGACUCUGACCCGAAGACUCGAGAGCAGGAGGUGAGAUGAACUAACAGACUGUAUAGCCUGAGGACCUAAUGCUAAGCUAUUAAUGAAUGAUUUCAGUUUCUCAUAAUUUGGCCUUAGCUGCAUUAGCCUAUAGUUUAUUUGUUAUUCCAAAUGUGAUCAAUGGGGAAAAUUGUUGAUUGUUAAUGCACAAAGGUUAGGUCAAAGUAACCAUGAGACUUGCAUGGAACUGGAGAUGCUGCCAUAGCUAAUAUUGUCUUAACUUUCUUUAACAUUUUUCAUGAUUUCAUGAUUUUUCUGCACUGUUUCUGUGACAAACUGCACGACUAGACUACUUUCUUUUUCCCCACUGUAUUAAGGCUAUGUAAGCUAUUUGUUAAUUUCCUAAGUCAUAUGUGAUUCAUUAAUGUAAUAAAGUGUGCUCCUAAUAUGCUCUUUGCUUUUAAACGUGAGAACUGAGUUGCCCCUGCAGGUGUGAUAAUGAAAACUAAAUGAUGACCUA